AUGCUUCCCAGGAAGUUGUUGUUGCUGCUGCUUGUGGCAGUGGGUGUCGAGGCCGGCGUCGAGUUCGCCUACGAGGGCUUCCCCGCCGCUGGGCUGUCGCUCGACGGCAUAGCAAGCGUCACGCCGGACGGGCUGCUGCUGCUCACCAACGACACCGACUUGAACCUAGCCCACGCCUUCCACCCGGCCCCGCUCAGGUUCCACCGGACGUCCUCCUUCUCGACCACUUUCGUGUUUGCCAUCGUGUCGGAGCUCAACGACCUGAGCACGAGCGGGUUCGCCUUCCUGGUCGCGCCGACCAGCAGGGACCUGUCUUCGGCGAUGGCGGCGCAGUACCUCGGACUGUUCAACGCCAGCGACAACGGCGACGCACGGAACCGCGUCUUCGCCGUCGAGCUGGACACCGUGCGCAACCCGGAGUUCGCGGACAUGAACGACAACCACGUCGGCAUCGACGUCAACAGCCUCAACUCCUCGGCGGCUGCCAUGGCAGGCUACUACGACGACGCCACCGGCGCGUUCCGGAACCUGAGCCUGGCAAGCCGGGAGCCCAUGCAGGUGUGGGUCGACUACGACGCUGCGGCGACGGAGAUCACCGUGGCCUUGGCUCCGGCGCGGUCGCCACGGCCCAGGAGGCCGCUCCUGACCACAAGGAUCGACCUCUCGACGGUCGUCGCCGACACGGCGUACGUCGGCUUCUCGUCGGGGUCCAGCAUCGUGAUGUGCAGGCACUACGUGCUCGGCUGGAGCUUCAGCCUGGACGGCGCCGCUCCAGCGCUCGACCACGCCAAGCUGCCGAAGCUGCCCCGCAUUGGCCCCAAGCCCCAGUCGAAGACGCUCGCCAUCGCGCUGCCGAUGGUCACCACGGCAGCCGUCCUGGCUGCGGUCGGCGUUGGCCUCUUGUUGCUCCGCCGGCGGCUUAGGUACGCGGAGCUGCGGGAAGAUUGGGAGGUGGAGUUCGGGCCGCACCGGUUCGCGUUCAAGGACCUGUUCGACGCCACCGCCGGGUUCAAGGACAAGCGGCUGCUGGGCACCGGAGGGUUCGGGAGCGUGUACAGGGGCGUGCUCCCGGGGACCCGGACCGAGGUCGCCGUGAAGAGGGUGUCACACGAGUCGAGGCAGGGGAUGAGGGAGUUCAUCGCGGAGGUGGUAAGCAUCGGCCGGCUCCGGCAUCGCAACCUCGUUCAACUGCUCGGCUAUUGCCGGCGUAAAGGGGAGCUGUUGCUGGUAUACUAUUACAUGCCAAAUAGCAGCCUCGACAAACACCUGCACGGGCACGGCCAUGCUCUGGACUGGGCUCAGAGGCUCCGGAUCAUCAAAGGCGUUGCCUCCGGCCUGCUGUACAUGCACGAGGACUGGGAGCAGGUCGUCAUCCACCGGGACAUCAAGGCGAGCAACGUGCUUCUGGACGGCGACAUGAACGGGCGGCUCGGCGACUUCGGCCUCGCGAGACUGUACGACCAUGGCGCGGACCCGCAGACCACGCAUGUGGUGGGCACCAUGGGGUACCUGGCACCGGAGCUGGUGCGCACCGGCAAGGCGACGACCCUCUCCGACGUGUUCGCCUUCGGGGCGUUCCUCCUGGAGGUCGCCUGCGGCCGGAGGCCCAUCGAGGAGGAGGAGGAGGAGGACGUCUACGGCGACGUCGACCGCUUCGUGCUGGCGGACUGGGUGCUGGGGCACUGGCGGAAUGGCGCCAUUAUCCGCGCGGUGGACGCGAAGCUAGGCACAGGGUAUGACGCCGCCGAGGCGGAUACUGUGCUGCGGCUGGGGCUGACGUGCCUCCACCCGUCGCCCGCGGCGCGCCCGAGCAUGAAACAGGUGAUGCAGUACCUCGACGGCAGCGCGCCGUUGCCAGAGCUUCCCCCGACGUACGUGACGGUCAACAUGCUUGCGGCCAUGGAGACACACCAGGGCGUCCUUGGCACGUGGGCGGUCUGGCGGUCGGCGUCGAGCGUCGCCACCAUGUCUGACAUUGGCCUCUCCGGCCGAUGA